AUGAGUUUGAAUAGCUUUCCAUCGAGACCACCCACAAAAUCAUCAUUCACUAGUCAAUCACAACAUUCCAAUUCCAACCAAACUAGAAACAAAAAACAAACACCAACCAGAACUGUAUCAAACCUGAAAAGAUCCAAUGAGCUGCUAUCAGUAGAAGAUGAACUUAGAGAACUGUUAAAUCAUUCACGACUCAAUCAAAGACAAAAGAAAGCAUUCUCAGAGAUGCUGGAGACAACAUUUGAUUUAUUUCAAGCUCCUUUACAAAGUGGAUCACACCAAGAAUCGUUGAUAGAUUCAUCAUCAAUUGAACUUUAUAGCAAGAUGCAAUCUUUAGUCACAGCUUUGACAUCUUUGAUAAUGAAUGAAGAAGAGGCAACAAGACAUGAAAUAACCCAUAUUAAAGAAGAACAAGGAACUGAACAAGAUGAUGAUUCAACUGAAUUUUCUGAUGGUGAAGAUGCAUAUAAACCAGUUCUGGAACCUAUCCAGUCAAAUAUGUUCCCAAGAUCUUCUACAAUUUCGAAUUUUCGACCUCUAACCAGAAGUUCAUCAAUUGCUGAAACCACAAGAAGACCAUCAAUUAGAUCAAACAAUUCACCAACCUAUAGACCAAACAUUUCACCAACAUUAUAUAACCCACCGCUUGAUAUACGGCCAAAUAAUAGAUAUCAAGAAUUGCAACCUAAUAGAAGUCCAUUUCAACCUAUGCAAACCCCAAUACCAAGAUCUUUUUCAACCCGUUCUGAAAGACCAAAAUCUAUGUAUGUUGGCAAUCAAGGACUACCCAAUCUUCCAUCAAUGUCAUCUACAAGGAGUAUAAAUAAUUUACAUGGUUAUGUUUCACCACAUGAUCAAUUCCAUCAAGAAUUUGGUUCUGAUCAUGGAGGUUUUGAUGAUUCAAGAUAUUCAACUAGAUCUGGUUCUAUAAGAGACUCUGCAACAAGAUCAAAGAGAUAUUCAAUGAGAUUUUAA